AUGUCUGCCGCUUUCCAUUCUUCGAACCCUUUCAGGCGCAAAGCCCCCUCGAUCAUCUCCGCAUACCCCGAAAACCCCUCCCUACCGAGCCCUGCGCAGAUCACCUAUCAAGAAGCUGAUCCCCCGCCACGAUCUCCCAUUGUACAAACAAUUGACCACCCGAAAAAGAUCACGAAGAAAGUUCGCGUUCAAUCUCCCCCUCCUUCGUCCCCUUCUGCACCAAACUCUGCCUCGACGAUUGGAGAGAAUAGCUUUCCAAAUAGCUACGCCCCAUCAAACAUACCACAAACUCGACAAGUGCAACAAGAUGGGGAAGAUCCUUUUGGUAGCGUCACAUCAGACACUUCCGAAGAUGAAGCAGUCGGAAAUACAAGACAGGCUCCGCCAAAUCCGUUCUCUAGAACAUUGGAAACUAUGGGACAGUCUACGCGUGGAGGACAAGGACAAGUAACACCGAGUGUGACGAAUCCCGGAAGAGCUUCUCUGGAUGUGGACGCAUUCAAGAGGCUCUUGAUGACUGGAAGCGCAAGAUUGGAUUUUCAGAUACCAUCUCCGCUCAACCCGGCGCAAGCUGCACGACUCGGUGAUGGGGGCAGCGGCAGUACGGAUACAUCGUCAAUAUCAAGACAGUCGAUCUUUGAAGCGCCGCCAGGCGCUCACCCCGAAUCAUCCCGGACUUCUCAUGAACUAUCAGAAUUAGAAGAUGAUGCUCAAGAUUUGACGUCAGGAAAUCACUCUUCUGCUAUGGGCAAAAAGGCUCCACCGCCUCCGAGUUCAAAACAUGGUAGGCUUCUGAGACUUGAACUUAGAGACGAUCCCCCUUCAUCCAACUUUUCUUCACCAACUACACCAAGCUCAACAUUCUUCCAACCGAAUCUCCUACCCAUACGUCAGCCUCCGUUACAAACUGACCUCAACAAACCUCUUCCCCCUUCCCCAACGCGGGCGAGCCAUGAUUCUGAUCGUGAAUCUAUUUUUGAUAAAGAAUCUGCUGGAAAAACUCCUGAGCCUCCAUCGUCAUCGGUGUCAAUAAGAAGGAAAACACCUCCAGCACCACCAAUUGCAAGACGCCGCAGUCUAUUGGCGUCAGAUUCGAAGUUGGGUCGAAGUAAUUCAGCAAGACUUCCUUCGAAGGUGGACGAAGAAGAGAGGGCAACCUUUGAGUCAACAGAAAAUGGUAGGCCGCGCUCAGGUAGUGGAAGAGUACCUCCUCCGCCACCGUCUCGCAGGCCUGCAUCCAUACGAGCUUCAUCGCACCCUCUGUCGUUGUCACCGUCAGCGUCCACGAUGUCCCUACCAGCACCAGUUCCAGCUCCAAUUCCACCUCCUACACGUGGAACUUCGACGAGGAAAACAUCGUCUGGAAGACCUCCUUCAGUGCGUAGCUUGGAACCCCAACCCAACAGUAAGCGUGCUUCUGUUGUUCCUCCGCCACCUCCCCCUCGUGCUGGCAGGAUUCAUGCGGAGGCCCAAACUACCGGGAAUCCGCGAAUUGUUAGCGGUGAAAAAUCCAGGCCGAGUAUAGAGAGCCAUGAAUCUACGUUGUCUUAUCAAGCACACAUUGGGCCCAACGAGGAUAAGGCUGGUGGACAUGAUAUAAUAGCAGACUUAACUGCGUUGCAACGAGAGAUCGAUGCUCUACGUACCCAAUCCGAGAAGGACAAAAUCACAUGA